AGAUUGUUUAGAAACUGCUGAAGAAUUACAGGAAAAGCGGAUACUUCGGGUCCUUACCUCGGACUUCCCUCAAUAUCUUGCCGUUGUUUCUCGAUUCCGUAUGGAAACUGCGAUGAUUGGCUCUGAUGGUGGCGUACUCAGCUCCACUGUUGUCCCUCAGGUGCAGGCGGUUUUUCCUGAAGGAGCCCUUCAGAAACGUAUUCGUGUUGGCCUUCAGGUGGUUUGCUAA